UCUGAUAAUAAUUUCUGUAAAUCGAAAAAAUUAAAAAAAAAUCCCAAAUCCAACAUUUCUCCGCCUAUGGAGCCGAGUGAAAGCAGUGGGCUGAGCUCUUACUACCACCACCAAACAGUGCACCCAUCCUCCGCUACACCCACGGCGACGGCGUCCGUCACCGGCGUGGCCACCAAUGGAAUUACGCCAAGCUUCGGUAACAACAGCCCCGCAGCUGGGGGUUCUGGGUCUCUCAUGGUUUACCCUGGUUCGAUUCCAUCGGCUGUCUCACCACCGGCGGAGGCCGUGAAGAAGAAGCGCGGGAGGCCGAGAAAGUACGAAACUCCUGAACAAGCUGCUGCUGCAAAGAAGAUUUCUUCUGCUGCUUCCGCUUCGAAUUCGGUGCCCAAGAAGAGGGAUCAGGUGCCGUUGGGAGGUGCCGGAGGACAAGGAGGUGGAAUUGGUGGUUCCAUAGGACAAGGAAGCGUCGCCGCCGGACAAGGAAGCGGUGUUUCUUUGCACACUCUGAAAACCUCGAAGUUUGCUGCUGUUGGCGAUGCUGGGCAAGGGUUCACGCCUCAUAUCAUAAACCUUGUUGCUGGAGAAGAUGUGAGCAACAAAAUAAUGACCUUCAUGCAACAAAGCAAGCGUGAGUUAUGCAUUCUCUCAGCAUCUGGAGCAGUUUCUAGUGCAUCUCUGCUCCAACCAUCAAUUUCUGGAGGCAAUAUUACAUACGAGGGGAGAUUUGACAUCCUUUCACUAUCUGGAUCAUACGUGCAUAAUGGGCGUGGAGGUAAAACUGGUGGACUUAGCGUAUGUCUUGGCAGUAGUGAUGGUCAAAUCAUUGGAGGUGGCGUUGGUGGUCCCUUGACAGCUGCAGGACAAAUCCAGGUUAUUGUUGGAACAUUUGUGGUGGACACAAAGGACACAAUAACUGGGGAAGACCAACAUGACAUGCCUGCACAUGUUGGUGUCUCGACAUUGCCACCGCCGCCGGGUAUGGGGUUCCCGUCAGCAGUCAAUCCCUCUCCUCCUCUUCAUCAUCAUCAUCAUCAAUACAUGCAGCAGCAGCAGCAGCGGGGGACGCAACCAACGCCCCUACAGUCUAUCCAUUGGAGGGGUGAUAUGGGCCACCCCACAAUGCACCAUUCACCAGAAAAUGGUGACUAUGAGUAUAAGUAUAACCACGGAGAGUAGUGUGUCAGGCAGUUCACCUGUAACAUCCCCCAACCCCAUCUUGUAGGUUCUUUCCAAUGCAGGGAAGCACAAAAACUCCUUUUUUACCAUCUGCCAUGUGUUUUAGCUGUAGUAGUGUACAGGUUAGUGAAUCUCCUCUCUCUCUCUCUCUCUCUCUCUCUCUCUCAAAUUUCUGCAGAGGAAACUGCUUAAACUAUUGACUCUGAAAGUAUCUAUGGACCUUGGAAACUUUGUGCGCUGGUCUAUGUAUGUUGUCUUUGUUUAUUGGCAGUGUUUCUUAUUGUUGUAUUAGGAAGGCUAUUUGUUGUGUUUGUUCUGUUUCCUGUCGAAGUUUGUUUCCACUAGAUUCUCACCCGUGCGAUGCACAGGACAAAAAUUAAGUAAUGCCGAGUAAUUCUAUUACAUAA